AGGAACUAGGCGUUGUCUUUGGCCGGGGUUCCGCCUUAAAUUCAGCGCGGGUUCCAGCCGCGUGUGUCUGUCUGUCUUGUGGUUUGUGAGUCGGAUUCGGGACACGGGCAGUGUUACCAGCAGAAUGCCUAACUUUGGAGGAGGAAACAUGUGUGGCGUCUGCGAAAAGACUGUCUACUUUGCUGAGGAGGUGCAGUGUGAUGGGAAGUACUUCCACAAGUCGUGUUUCCGAUGUAUGGCCUGUAAAAAGAACCUUGACAGCACCACACUCACCGUGCAUGGAAAUGAAAUCUACUGCAAAUCAUGCUACGGCAAGAAGUAUGGUCCCAAAGGUUAUGGCUAUGGCCAAGGUGCAGGUACUCUGCAGAUGGACUCUGGAGCGAAAUUGGGAAUAAAGCCUGUGCAACCUCCACCUCAUUGCCCAACAACCAAUGUCAAUGAAUCCAAGUUUGCUCAGAAAUUUGGCAGUUCGGAAAAGUGCCCCAGGUGUGAAAAAUCCGUUUAUGCUGCUGAGAAAAUUAUUGGAGCUGGCAAGGCCUGGCACAAGGCUUGUUUCCGCUGUGCUAAAUGUGGUAAAAGCCUGGAGUCCACAACAUUGGCUGAUAAGGAUGGGGAAAUCUAUUGCAAAGCUUGUUACGGUAAGAACUUUGGACCUAAAGGAUUCGGCUUUGGCCAAGGAGCUGGUGCACUCAUGAACACACAGUGAAGAGCGUUGUAUGUUGAAUCCAAUGGAAGCCAUGCACACGUGUGGAGACCUUAACUACAAUGUAUUUGCUGGUUCUUGUAGUAAUAGCUGUGGUAGUUCAAAUUAUAACACUGUGUAUAUAAACAAUAGGAUGUCUUCUAGCAUUGCUUGGCACACCUUGCAUGUACCAUGUUAUUAAAGUGAAAUUUCUUCCCCCAACUGAACAGCUUUACAAUUAAAUAUACUAACAUGAAAACCAGAAUGAAUGAUGACUGGUCAAGUCUAAAAUCUAAUUUUAGUGCAUUAUAUAUUUGGCAGCCAAAGUCUACAGUCCUCUGCACUUCAAUAUUUAUACGUUUUAUUUAGCACUCUUUCACAAAAUUACUUUUAUAGAGUAAAAUAUGUUUUCUCUUGUACUGCAUGUAAUUGUAGAGAUUUAAAAAGCUGCUGUGUAGAUAAACUGUCCAGAUCCUCUUGGAGCUUUUCUUGCCUACACAGCGAGGUUUAAUUUGAUUUGGAUGUGAUCAUGCUAAUCUAAUUUAAUAGCUGUAGCCAAUGCAGAGGUUGAGUCUGUGAUCUCUUAAGUAAUAUCAAAGUAUCACAUGAUAAAAUGGGUGACUGAGCACUGAGGUUUAUUCACAUUUAGUCUGCUGCGGUGAACUUUACUUUGUGGCCACUUUAAAAUCUGUGAUUGAAAUAAAUAACCAGGUGCUCUUUGUUUCCAGAUACUCAAUGACUCAAGCUUGUACUAAAAGCAUAACUAACAUAUGAACAUGUUCAUUACUAUGCUCUUGCUUUCUGAGUACUCACUAGGUUUUAAACAAAACAGAUAAUGAUGCAUGGAGUCAAAUUUUUGUGGUUCAUUCUGUCAGUAAAUUGAUGUAAAUCUUUCCCCAAAUAAAUGUACUUCUUGGAGGCCAACAACACAUGGAGUUUCUCAAAUGUUGGUUUGUAUUAAAUUGCUCUCUA